UAGGCAUUAUUAGUCACCAGCCCCUAACGGGUCACAUGAUAGUCAUGUUUCCAAACAUUUCGUAGAGUUGAACUGUUGUCACGUCGUAUGUCGCAUUGAACGUCUGUAUAACUUGUGUUGAAGUACUCAUCGUGGUAAAAGGUUUUUGUCAAAGGAACUAGAAUUCAUAUUCUCAUUGUAAAAAAAAAAAAAGACAAUUGGAACGAUAGAUCUAACGUUAUUGGCAGUAGCGGUAACGUAUGGCCCGACAUGUUGUGUGUGGUUGUGAAGAACGUGUUAUUAUGAUGGCGUUGGUCACUGAGAGAUGAAUGCUAUUAUUGCAUUGUGUCAUUUCUGCGAGUACCACGGGCCAAGUGUGCUUUUUUGUACACAGGCUUUUCACUGUGAGGAACAUGAUCCUCUAAGCAAUACUAGCCUGCCCUUAUCAAACUGCGGAUCAUGUGUGAAGAGAUGUUUCACUAGAAGUAUUUCAGUAUCUGAUGGAAAUAGUCACUCCUCUUCCUCAAGUCGAUGUGAUGCCUGCUAUUCCUUAGACCCAACACAUCAAGGCUAUAUCAGCAUUGACCAAGAGGCACACAUAAGUUACUAUAGCAACCGUAACCCUGGGCAACAGGAGCUGUACAGUAUUGUGAGACAGGCUUGUGUGAGGAGUCUAAGUUGUGAGGUCUGCCCAGGAAGGGAAGGGCCCAUGUUUUUCGGCGAGGAAGCUUCUGGGUAUGUUUUCACACAUACAUUCUUCUUGAAAGACAAGCAGUCAAGAGGCUUCCAGAGAUGGUACAGCAUAAUCUGUGUGAUGAAGGACAGAAUUUACCUGAUAAAUUCUUGGCCAUUUCUAGUGAGCCAUUUCAAAGAACUGAUUGUAGAACUUCAAGUAAAGGCCACAGCAGUUUAUGAAACAGAGCAAGCAGAGGCUGUCAGUAAAGGCCAAGCAAUGCCAUCUGGUGGGAAUGGAUUUGUUCUCACACCAGACCAAUUUCGUCGACAGCGUGGUGGCCAUAAAGUCUACAGAUCAAUUGCAGUACUGCUAGAAGAUCAGGAUAUUUUUGCCCGCCUGCAUCAAAAGUUCUCUUGGAUAUUGAAAGCUUGUGGAAACCGAAUUACAGAGAGGCUCCUGGAGGGCCCACCCAAGGAGGAGCUUCUUUUAGACCUGGAUGCACAAACUCAACAAGUGGAGUCCGCUCUAGGGGAAGUCAGUGAUUUGGAAAAGACUGAAGAUCAAGCUGCUCCUUUGUUUCAUUCAUUGCGUCACAUGAUGAAGAUUCUUGGAAAGGACAAGUUUCAUUUGCUGGCCUAUCAUGUGAUUCAAGGCAACCAGUUGAUUGUCAGGGGAGAGGACAGGCAUAUUGUGAGCUCUGCUCUUAACACUCUCAAGGAUUUGAUUCCAAGUGGCUGCGUCUCCUGUGUCAGUUAUAGUAAUGUAUACAAGGACUCCUGGCGAUGUAACUUCCUCGGUCUUUCCCCUGAAGUAGAAAUCCCUGCUCAUGUAUUAUCAUCAGAGCUAUUUGUUCUGCUGGAUGUCAUAUCCUCAUCACCCUCCCAGCCUUCAAAUGACAAGGAAGGGGAAGAAAAAAGAAAAGAAGAUGAGUUCCGCAACUACAGUUUCUCUGUCUGUGGAAAAGAGAAUUCGCAAAUACCCACUAUUCUUCAGAAGGUCGAGCACUGCCUGGACAAUGAGAAUGUAUCAGAUCGCGUCUUCCGACAGAUGCUGAUCUGCCUCAAGGAGGAGUGGAUGGACAAAGUGAAAGUUGUGUUUAAGUUCGCAAAAUCAAGGCCAACAAGUAGUGAAGACAAAGAAAAACUGUUGCGGGUACUGGGCACACGGCCGGAGGAUGAGAUUGUACUCAAGUUUUGGAUGACAGGAUUAAAUCAACAGUACCGAUCACACUUACUGACGUGUAGUAGCAGCGGCUCGACUACCCCUCCCCCCACGGUCUGACCGUGAGGGGUAGGCUGAGGAAAUCAACAGUACCGAUUACACUUACUGAUGUGUAGUAGCAGCCGCUCAACUACCCCUCCCCCACGGUCUGACCGUGAGGGGUAGGCUGGGGAAAUCAACAGUACCGAUCACACUUACUGACGUUUAGUAGCAGCGGCUCGACUUCCCCUCUCCCCACGGUCUGACCGUGAGGGGUAUUCUGGGGAAAUCAACAGUACCGAUCACACUUACUGACGUGUAGUAGCAGCGGCUCGACUACCCCUCAAACUGCAGAAUCUUUGGAAAUGCGGAGUGCUGGAGUGGAGCAAAGGGUAGAAUGCUGAAAUUCAUUUCAGGGCCAUGACAGUAAUAAGGGGUUUCCCUACGCUGUGAUUCGCAAAGGAAAUAAAUGCGAAACAAAUGA